GGUGCGGGCGCCCAGCCCAGGGCAGGCGGGCAGGGCUGAGGGCGCGGAUCCCCAACCAGGCCCCGCGCACCUUCAUGACGGUUCAGAACUGCUCCGAGGCAAACUCACACAACUCUCUGAGGACAACGUCCGCCCCCGCGGCGCCCGCCUCUCUUCGGGGCCAGGGACCGGGGUCUCGGUCCUAUUCGAAAGGGACGGAGAACUACAUUUCCCGGCAUGCCAUCGCGCUCUCCGGGGACGCUGGGGCCUGCGACGGAAAGAGCUCGUCGCAGCCGAACGUCAUUUCCGCUGCGCUACUGGAACCACGUUCUGUAGUCGUGAGCGGAGGCCUCGUAUGGCUUCCGGUUUCCGGUUUCCGGCGACGGAAGUGACGCUAUCACGGCGCGCCACGGCGUCAAACGAGGAGUCAAGGCAGCAAUGAAUUGUGUCUUGUGUGCCCCGGCGGCCGGGGCCGUCCGGGCGCUGAGGCUUAUAGGCUGGGCUUCCCGAAGCCUUCAUCCGUUGUCCGGUUCCCGGGAUCGGGCCCACCCUGCCGCCGAGGAAGAGGACGACCCUGACCGCCCCAUUGAGUUUUCCUCCAGCAAAGCCAACCCUCACCGCUGGUCGGUGGGCCAUACCAUGGGAAAGGGACAUCAGCGGCCCUGGUGGAAGGUGCUGCCCCUCAGCUGCUUCCUCGUGGCGCUGACCAUCUGGUGCUACCUGAGGGAGGAGAGCGAGGCGGACCAGUGGCUGAGACAGGUGUGGGGAGAGGUGCCAGAGCCCAGCGAUCGUUCUGAGGAGCCUGAGACUCCAGCUGCCUACAGAGCGAGAACUUGACGGGGUGCCCGCUGGGGCUGGCAGGAAGGGAGCCGACAGCCGCCCUUCGGAUUUGAUGUCACGUUCGCCCGUGACUGUCCUGGCUAUGCGUGCGUCCUCAGCACUGAAGGACUUGGCUGGUGGUUGGGGCACUUGGCUAUGCUGAUCCGCGUGAAGGCGGAGCAGAAUCUCAGCAGAUCGGAAACUGCUCCUCGCCUGGCGCUUGAUGUCCAAGGAUUCCAUCGGCAAGACUUCUCAGAUCCUUAGGGAAGGUUUCAGUUGAGUUGCACUGUAUGCUGUUGGAUUUGCCAAGUCUUUGUAUAACAUAAUCAUGUUUCCAAAGCCCUUCUGGUGACACUUGUCAUCCAGUGUUAGUUUGCAGGUAAUUUGCUUUCUGAGAUAGAAUAUCUGGCAGAAGUGUGAAACUGUAUUGCGUGCUGCGGCCUGUGCAAGGAACACUUCCACAUGUGAGUUUUACACAAUAACAAAUUGAAAAUAAAUUUUAAUUUUAUAAUAUGGGA